AUGGCUGCCCGUCUUUCCGUUGCUCGGUCCAUCCCCACCUUCACCGCCCGCCAAUCGAUCUCUCCCCGCAUCCCCUUCACCACCACCCGCAGCAUCACAGCCAGCACAACCAGCACAACUAGUAGAAUGGCCGCAACUGCGUCUAGAUCCCACACUGCAGUUCGCAGAUUACACGCCACAGCCCAGCACCUGAGCCCAGCCUCCGCAUCUGCCCCUUACCCAGCCGACAACUAUCCCACAAGCCAUGCACCCAUCUCCAGCCCCGUCGACACCUGCAACUUUAUCGAUAACAAAUUCCUCCCCUCCAGCACCACCUCAUGGAUCGACCUGCAUGACCCGGCGACCAACAACCUCGUCACCCGCGUACCCCAAAGCACAGAUGCGGAACUGCGCGCCGCGGUCGAGAGCGCCCAGAAGGCAUUCCCCGCAUGGCGCAGCACCAGCAUCUUGGCCAGACAGCAGAUCAUCUUCAAGUUCGUCAAUUUGAUCCGCGCAAAUUGGGAUCGUCUGGCUGCUAGCAUCACUCUUGAGCAAGGGAAGACCUUUGCAGAUGCUAAGGGAGAUGUGCUGAGAGGCCUGCAGGUCGCUGAGACUGCCUGCGGCAUCACCACACAGAUCACCGGUGAGGUGCUGGAGGUUGCUAAGGAUAUGGAGACGAGGAGCUAUAGAGAGCCAUUGGGUGUGGUUGCGGCCAUUUGCCCGUUCAACUUCCCUGCUAUGAUUCCUCUCUGGUCCAUCCCCACAGCCACAGUCACCGGCAACUGCUUGAUUCUCAAGCCAUCCGAGCGCGAUCCCGGAGCUGCCAUGAUUCUUGCUGAACUCGCCAAGGAAGCCGGAUUCCCCAACGGAGUCAUCAACGUCAUCCACGGUUCCGCAAAGACAGUCGACUUCAUACUCGACGAGCCUGCCAUCAAGGCUAUCAGCUUUGUUGGCAGCAACCGUGCCGGUGAAUACAUCUACACCCGUGGGUCUGCCAACGGAAAGCGAGUCCAGGCCAACUUGGGCGCCAAGAACCAUGCCGCCGUCUUGCCGGAUUGCAACAAGAACCACGCCUUGAACGCCAUCACUGGUGCUACGUUUGGUGCUGCUGGACAACGAUGCAUGGCAUUGAGCACCCUCGUCAUGGUUGGGGAGACUAAGGAGUGGCUCCCGGAAAUUGCAGAGCGAGCCAAGGCCCUGAAGGUCAACGGUGGCUUUGAAGAAGGUGCCGAUUUGGGACCGGUCAUCAGCCCCGAGAGCAAGAAACGAAUUGAGGACCUCAUUGCUAGUGCUGAGAAAGAGGGUGCUACUAUCCUACUUGAUGGUCGUGGAUACAAGCCUGCGAAAUACCCCAAUGGCAACUGGGUCGGUCCAACAAUCAUCACCAACGUAAAGCCACACAUGCGCUGCUACAAGGAAGAAAUCUUCGGCCCUGUCCUCGUCUGCCUCGAAGUCGAAACCAUCGACGACGCCAUCUCCCUCAUCAACGCGAAUGAAUACGGCAACGGCGCUGCUGUCUUCACCUGCUCAGGUCCCACUGCCACUAAGUUCCAGCGCGAGCUUGAGGCGGGCCAGAUUGGUAUUAAUGUUCCCAUCCCCGUGCCCCUCCCCAUGUUCUCCUUCACAGGUAACAAGAAGAGCAUCGCCGGGGGCGGCGCGAACACCUUCUAUGGCAAGCCCGGCUUGCAAUUCUACACACAACAGAAGACUGUCACAAGUCUGUGGCGCAGUGAGGAUGCGGUUAAUACAAAGGCGAGCGUCGUGAUGCCUACGCAUAGUUAA